AUGGCAAAGGUCAAAGAAGAACCCAAACCACAACCGACACAGUGGUUUCCCUUUAGUGGGAUCACUGAACUGGUAAAUAACGUUCUUCAACCCCAGCAAAAACAACAAAAUGAAAAGGCGCCCCAGACAAAACUGCACCAGCAGUUUGAAAUGUACAAGGAGCAGGUGAAGAAGAUGGGAGAGGAAUCACAGCAACACCAAGAACAGAAAGGUGAUGCCCCGACCUGUGGGAUCUGCCACAAAACCAAGUUUGCCGAUGGCUGUGGCCACGACUGUUCCUAUUGCCAAACCAAGUUCUGUGCUCGCUGUGGAGGCCGUGUGUCCUUACGCUCAAACAAGGUUAUGUGGGUAUGUAAUUUGUGCCGAAAACAACAAGAAAUCCUCACUAAAUCCGGAGCAUGGUUCUAUAAUAGUGGAUCUAAUAUUCCACAGCAAGCUGAUCAAAAGCUUCCCCGAGGAGUGAGAAACGAGGAAGCGCCUCAGGAGAAGAAAGCAAAACUCCACGAGCAGGCCCAGUUCCCAGCACCCCCAGGUGACUCAUCUGUGCCUGCAGUGGAGCGGAGCCGGUCUCAUGGGCUCACAAGACAGGAGUCUAUUCAAGACAGGUCAGGGCUGAGGCACCACGCUGCCAGUGACACCGCCUCAGACAGGCAAAGAAGUCCAUCAGUGUCCAGAGAUCAGAACAGAGGAUACGACCAAAGGGAAGAAAGUGAGGAAUACUCACAGUAUGCUCCUUCUGAUAGCGCAAUGCCUAGAUCUCCAUCAGAUUAUGCUGAUAGACGAUCUCAACAUGAACCUCAGUUUUAUGAAGAAUCUGAUCAUUUAAAUUAUAGGGACUCCAACAGGAGAAGUCACAGGCAUUCCAAAGAGUAUAUUGAAGAUGAUGAAGAUCUGGAGAGCAGAGAUGAAUAUGACAGACAAAGGAGAGAGGAGGAGUACCAGGCACGCUACCGAAGUGAUCCAAAUUUGGCUCGUUAUCCAGUGAAACCUCAGCCCUAUGAAGAACAAAUGCGUAUCCAUGCUGAGGUGUCCCGCGCGAGGCAUGAGAGAAGGCAUAGUGAUGUCUCUUUAGCAAAUGCUGAACUAGAAGAUUCCAGGGUUUCUCUGCUAAGAAUGGACCGGCCAUCAAGGCAGAGAUCUACAUCUGAACGUAGAGCUGCAAUGGAAAAUCAGAGAUCGUACUCAAUGGAAAGAACUCGAGAGGCUCAGGGACAAAGUUCUUAUCCACAAAGGACCACAAACCAUAGUCCUCCUACCCCUCGGAGGAGUCCAAUACCCCUUGAUAGACCAGACCUGAGACGCACUGACUCACUAAGGAAACAGCACCACUUAGACCCUAGCUCUGCUGUACGGAAAACGAAAAGGGAAAAAAUGGAAACAAUGUUGAGGAAUGAUUCCCUCAGUUCAGACCAGUCAGAGUCUGUGAGACCACCACCACCAAAGCCUCAUAAAUCAAAGAAAGGAGGUAAAAUGCGACAAGUUUCACUGAGCAGUUCAGAGGAGGAAUUGGCUUCCACGCCUGAGUAUACAAGUUGUGAUGAUGUUGAGAUCGAAAGUGAGAGUGUAAGUGAAAAAGGAGACAUGGAUUACAACUGGUUGGACCAUACUUCUUGGCAUAGCAGUGAGGCAUCCCCAAUGUCUUUGCACCCUGUGACCUGGCAGCCAUCUAAAGAUGGGGAUCGCUUAAUUGGCCGGAUUUUAUUAAAUAAGCGCCUGAAGGAUGGAAGUGUACCUCGUGAUUCUGGAGCGGUGCUCGGCUUAAAGGUUGUAGGAGGAAAGAUGACUGAAUCAGGUCGACUCUGUGCAUUUAUUACCAAAGUUAAAAAGGGAAGUUUAGCUGAUACUGUAGGGCACCUUCGACCAGGUGACGAAGUGUUAGAAUGGAAUGGGAGGCUGCUGCAAGGAGCUACCUUUGAGGAAGUCUACAACAUCAUUCUCGAAUCCAAACCUGAACCACAAGUGGAACUUGUUGUUUCAAGACCUAUUGGGGACAUACCUAGAAUACCUGAUAGCACACAUGCACAACUGGAAUCCAGUUCCAGCUCAUUCGAAUCUCAGAAAAUGGAUCGUCCUUCUAUUUCCGUUACGUCUCCCCUGAGUCCUGGCAUGCUGAGAGAUGUUCCGCAGUUCUUGUCUGGACAACUUUCAAUAAAACUAUGGUUUGACAAGGUUGGUCACCAAUUAAUAGUUACAAUUUUGGGAGCAAAGGACCUUCCUUCCAGGGAAGAUGGGAGGCCAAGGAAUCCUUAUGUUAAAAUUUACUUUCUUCCAGAUAGAAGUGAUAAAAACAAGAGGAGAACAAAAACAGUAAAGAAAACAUUGGAACCCAAAUGGAACCAAACAUUCAUUUAUUCUCCGGUUCACCGGAGAGAAUUUCGGGAACGAAUGCUGGAAAUUACUCUUUGGGAUCAAGCUAGAGUUCGAGAGGAAGAAAGUGAAUUUUUAGGAGAGAUUUUAAUUGAACUAGAAACAGCAUUGCUGGAUGAUGAGCCGCACUGGUACAAACUCCAGACCCACGAUGCCUCCUCCUUGCCCCUUCCCCACCCAUCUCCAUACAUGCCACGAAGACAGCUCCACGGAGAGAGCCCAACACGGAGAUUGCAAAGGUCGAAAAGAAUAAGUGACAGUGAAAUCUCCGACUAUGAUUGUGAUGAUGGGAUUGGCGUAGCAUCAGAUUAUCGACACAAUGGUCGAGAUCUGCAGAGCUCAACAUUAUCAGUGCCAGAACAAGUAAUGGCAUCCAACCAUUGUUCACCAUCAGGGUCUCCUCAUCGAGUGGAUGUUAUAGGAAGGACGAGAUCAUGGUCACCCAGUGUCCCCCCUCCACAGAGUCGGAAUGUGGAGCAGGGACCUCGAGGCACUCGCACGACUACCGGCCAUUACAACACAAUUAGCCGAAUGGAUAGACACCGGGUCAUGGGUGAUCAUUAUUCUCCAGAGAGAGACAGUCAUUUCCCUACUCUACCUCGCUCCAGAUACAGUCAGAGCAGUGAGCACCGCCACAGGGACUGUGACGCAGCAGAUAGACAGCCGUAUCACAGAUCCAGACCACCAGAACAGCGGCCUGUCCUUGAGCGGACCACCACCCGCUCCAGAUCCACUGAGCGUCCCGACUCAAACCUCAUGAGGUCGAUGCCUUCAUUAAUGACGGGAAGAUCUGCCCCUCCCUCACCUGCCUUAUCGAGAUCGCACCCUCGCACCGGGUCUGUCCAGACGAGCCCGUCAAGUACGCCCUUGGCAGGACGGAGAGGCCGACAGCUGCCGCAGCUCCCAGCAAAAGGAACACUGGAGAGAAAAAAUGGAGUCAAGGAGAUAGAACCUUAUGAAGAAGACGUGGACCCCACAAGGAGAAGACAUUCAGGUGCUAUGGAUAUAGAGGAGAGAAACCGCCAAAUGAAAAUUAACAAAUACAAACAGGUAGCCGGAUCAGAUCCCAGACUGGAACAAGAUUACCAUUCGAAGUAUCGAUCAGGAUGGGAUCCUCAUAGAGGGGCAGAUAAUGUUUCCACUAAAUCCUCGGACAGUGAUGUAAGUGACAUUUCUGCGGUUUCCAGGACUAGUAGUGCUUCUCGUUUCAGCAGCACAAGCUACAUGUCGGUCCAAUCGGAAAGGCCACGAGGAAACAAGAAAAUGAGUGUCUUUACGUCCAAAAUGCAAAGCAGACAAAUGGGCGAGCCAGGGAAGAGCGGCACCACCCGGAGCUCCAGCAUCAGCGGCGACCUGUGCUCGCUGGAUAGGACCGACGGCAGCCAGUCGGACACGGCGGCGGGCGCCCCGGGCGCGGGCGGCAGGAAGCGGCGCUCCAGCCUCGGCGCCAAGGUGGUGGCGAUCGUGGGCCUCUCACGGAGGAGUCGCAGCGCCUCGCAGCUCGGCCGGACGGAAGGAGGAGGCAAAAAGCUACGGAGCACCGUCCAGAGGAGCACAGAGACUGGCCUGGCCGUGGAGAUGAGGAACUGGAUGACCCGCCAGGCCAGCCGCGAGUCCACCGACGGCAGCAUGAACAGCUACAGCUCGGAAGGAAACCUGAUCUUCCCCGGUGUCCGCCUGGCCUCUGACAGCCAGUUCAGUGACUUCCUCGAUGGCCUCGGCCCCGCACAGCUGGUGGGACGCCAGACGCUGGCCACUCCUGCAAUGGGUGACAUCCAGGUGGGAAUGAUGGACAAGAAGGGACAGUUGGAGGUGGAGAUCAUCCGGGCCCGUGGCCUUGUUGUAAAACCAGGUUCCAAGACACUGCCAGCACCCUACGUGAAAGUAUAUCUGUUAGAUAAUGGAGUCUGCAUAGCCAAAAAGAAAACCAAAGUGGCAAGGAAGACGCUGGAGCCCCUGUACCAGCAGCUGUUGUCCUUUGAGGAGAGUCCACAGGGCAAGGUGUUACAGAUCAUUGUCUGGGGCGACUACGGCCGCAUGGAUCACAAAUCCUUUAUGGGAGUGGCCCAGAUACUUUUAGAUGAACUGGAGCUGUCCAACAUGGUGAUCGGAUGGUUCAAACUGUUCCCCCCUUCCUCCCUAGUAGAUCCGACCUUGGCCCCUCUGACAAGAAGAGCUUCCCAGUCCUCUCUGGAAAGUUCGACAGGACCUUCUUACUCUCGUUCAUAGCAGCUGUAAAACUGUUGUCACAGCAACCAGCGUUACAAAAAAAAAAAAAAAAAAAAAAAAAAAAAAAAAAAAAAAUCCACAGGUCGCAAACCCUGGUAGUACUGCAUGCUUAAUGUCGUGUCUUCUGAGCCCGUUUCUAGGGGUGCAAUGCGAUCCUGCGUUCUCAGAGGAAGUCGCACACGUUGUGCCCCACAAAGGUCCUCAGGUGACACGCAGAGCAGGAAGGACUAUCAGGCUUGGCGUUUGGUGACACUCAAGUUCUGGUCCAGUCUGAAGCCAUGGAUUAAUCUCAAAGAAUCAGAUUCAUGCAACAAAAGCCCUUUUCAAUGGCACCUUUAUAUUUUUAUUGUUCCUGUUUCUCCAUUUAUCUGACCCAAAGCCCUGUGUGCCACAGAAAUGGAGCCUUCCCCUGAAGCCAUGUCACAGGCCCAGGAGCCAGGUCCUGGGAAGCACCAGGUGGAGAGCAAGAGGCCAAAGAAGUGCGCGGGAGCUGGAGCCGCCCGGCCAGCCGGCUGCGCCCAGGGCAGAGCGACAGGCCGUUGCACACCGAUGCUGCGUGGCGCUGCACUCUGGAAACCAAAUUCUGUGGCUACACCGUGCUGGAUGAAACUAAAGACACUUUUUUUGCAUGGACACAGAUUAGCUGAAUACUUAAAUUAUUUUCUUGGGGCUGCAACUUGCAAAAAAAGAAUAAAAAUCAGCCAUUUUCAACAAUUUAUAUUAUUUUUAAAAAUAAAUUUCACUAGUGCAUGGUUUUAAAACUGGGAGAGAAUGCGAGCGGGCGACACAGACACCGCGUCUAUUCUUUAUCACAGUCUGUAUUUUGGCAGACAUUACAAAUGGAAAUACUUUCUAGAAGAUACUUAAAAUUCUCUUUAUGUGACAAAUAAAUAUAAUAUAUUCCAUUUAUUUCCAUAUUAAAUAUACAAUCCCAUGACGUUCAAUACGUGCAAACUUUUCACACCUUCCUUCCUUCCUGUCUCGCUUUUAUUCUCUCUGUCUUGGUCUUUCCUUCUUUUUCCCUACCAGAGUGAACGAAAAGCUGACAUGAUUUUGAUCUGACUCUCUCGUGCCCGCGUUUAACUCAGAGCUGUAGGUGUGUCUAAUUCGUGCGCUCCUCGAGGGAAGGAAGCCUCGUAAGAGCCCCCUUCAUUCCGGGAUGCCGGGAAGGACUUUGCGGUGCGGCUCAGGAGUGCAGGGAGGCAGGGCCAGCCUGGAUCUAGCUAAGGAGGGAGGAGGACUUCUGAAUUCGUCGUGCAGUGCGCGGACAUCUGUUUUCAUCUUCACAGUUCCUUUUGCAGGAAAGACUAGAGGCCACGUGGCAUCGCGGCUUCUACCAGGCCUGCUUCCGCAGCCACGGCACUCAGGCAGAGCUCAGACCUCGUCUGCUGGAGGACUUAGGUUUUGUUUUGUAACUUGUUAAGGCAGUUUCUUUAGCCAGUUUCCAUUUACUGUGUGAAUAGACACACUGCUAAAAUGAAACCCUAAAACACAGGGUAGUUUAUUCACUUUUCUGCAGUAAAAUUCAAUUUUUCAUAAAUUGUAUUUCUAAAGUGAUAUAGUUGACAUAAAUUUGCAGCAAUUUUAAAGCUCCAAUUUUUAGGCAACUCAGAGAAAGUCGCUAUGCCUGUGAAUAGUCCUUUGAGGCCACCACCCAAAGGCUGCAGGCCAACCCUGAAGUGGAAACCCCGCCCUGGCUCCCCAGCAGCUGGUGUCCUGGGCAGAGCUGGGAGCAGGCACCUCCCCUCCGGCCCUCUGAGAGGAGGUCACAGGCAACAGCAUCCACCGCCCGUGCUUCCUAGGCUUUAUGUGCUCUUUGAUAACAUAUUCCUAGGAACUAGUUUCAGUUUCUUACAAUAAUUGUUGAAAUCCAUAUGGAUCGCAUUUGUCUAAUGAAAGCCAUGCACAAAAAUUACUCUUUUUUUUUUUUUAAUUCAGUGCUGACCAUUAAAAAGCUGUCAUGCUUGAUAUGGUACAGAAGAUAAAAAGUAUCACUAAAAUGCCUUCUCUUGGUGUGGUGCAACGUGAGCUGCCCCAAGACUGUGUCUUGACACUCUAAAUGUGCGAUGGCCCAGGCAAGAUUGGCCAAAGAACGAAUAAAACGUUCCUGACAUCAUUUUGCCUCCUGAGUACUGGCAACAGUUGAUUUCACAGACCCGGAGCGUCUACACCACCCCUUAGAAUAAGCAUUUAUGGUUCUCCUCAUCCUAAGAGGCGGCCACGUGAUCUUUUGUGCGCAUUCCUAUACAAAUUAUUUCUAAUUUUAAUAAGAAGGACAUGACUGUAUGGGAUAUUUAUACAUACUUGUCAUUAUGCAGUAUUUAUUUAAAAGUCGAUGUGCUUUUUUUAAUUUUCACAUGUCUGCACCUCGACUUGUGGUUUAGUUGUGUGAACAGCACUAAGCCAGUGACCACUGCUGCCCUGUACGUAGUAGCGUAAAGGGAAUCCAGCUGGAAUGGAAGGGCAGAUGAGUCCUGUAACAAACA